CAUUAGAGUUUCCAACCCGAACUGGUGGUCUAGGCAAGGGUAGCCUCAAAUUGUAGUUUCGUCUGAAACCCUUUCAUGAUAGAUAAUUGUGACUUGGGGCGGUUAAACUGUAGAAGUUACGCCGCCCAUAUCGCAGGCAUUUCUUGCAGCGGGCAGUAGUAUACUUGUACGCAUAUUAGUCUGUAUAAUCGCUCAUCGCCCACGCUUCCCAACCCCAAACACCACAAAGCUGGCAGUUUCACGCUGAGCUCAGGGCUGAUUUAACAGAUGAGCAAGGCACGUAGAAUCAUGUGUGCUAUCAUAUACCCGCGCCUAUGUUGAACAAUGGCGCGGCCGGCCGGGCGUGGAGGGCGGGGGCGAUGGCACUGACCGUGCGUGGAAGGUGGCGACUGUCGCUCACAUUGCGGUCGCUACUUGCUGCUGUCGUCGCUGCGUGCUUGCUAGGCGCAUUUUAUACCGCAGAUGCGGCUCUGCAGCAGCAGCUGCCAAAGGGCACGCGGUUCGCAGUCACCGCUGCCACCUCCCAGCUCCCCAGCCGCUACGGUGACCUCUGGGGCCGGGCGGAGGUGACCCUUCCCGACGGCCGCCGCGGCAGCGUGUGCGCGCGGGGCUGGGGCAACGACCUCGCCUCCGACCUGUGCGCCCAGCGUUCUAGCUCCUGGCGCUUCGGCGUCCCCACCAACGGCUCAGUCUUUGGCCAACCGUCACAGCUGCUGCCGGUGCUGGUAGCUGACAUCAGGUGCCCGGGCCUGGGGUCGGAUGCGGCGGGGGCGGCGGCGGCGGGGGGGAAGCUGGGCAGCAACUGUACCGCCACGGUGUACGACAGCGCGGCUGAGGCGGCGGCGGACGGGUGCGGCCUGGACCAGGCGGCGGGCGUCACGUGCUUCCUGUACGACUACCUGACGCCGCCGGGCUCGCCGCCGCUGCCCCUGCGCCUGGUCAGCAGCGGCAACCAGACCGCACUGGACGCCGCCGCCCGGGCCGGGCUGGUGGCGGCGGGGCGGCUGGAGGUGCAGUGGGGCGGCGUGUGGGGCGGCGUGUGCAGCAACCCAUACUACGACUUUUGGUGGGACGACGCACGCGCUCAGGUGGUGUGCCGGCAGCUGGGGUACCCGGCGGAUGGGCACGCCUACAGCGCAGGGACCCAAACCCCACUACUGCCGCCCAUGCCAUCACGGGACCAGCCCCAGUUCAUCACCUUUGCGCAAUGCAACGGCACGGAGCCGGGGCUGGGGGCGUGUCGCGGCAGGCCGAUUAACAGCACGUACAAAUCGUGUGGACCCGACUUCACGGCCCAGGUGGCGUGCUACAGCCAGAAGCGCCUGGCUAGCGCGUUGGAUGGCCGGACUAUAGUCGUGCUGAACGUUGAAACCGGUGGGGCUGUGCGGCCGCUGCCGCCAGAGGUUGACUACGGCGAUUGGGAGGGCCACCCCCGGAUCACUCUGACUGACAGCCGCUACGUUUCGGUGUGUGACCGGGGCUGGGAUGACGCAGCCGCGACUGAUUACUGCCGGCGGCUGACAGACCAGCGGAGCCCGCUCGGUGUGGCGUUCCGGGGUUCGUACUUUGGCAGCAGGACAUCCGCUACUGCGUGGAUUGCGGACCUGCGGUGCCCGGCGGGCGAUGAAACCAACAUCGGGUCCUGCUUAGGCACCUUUUACAACAGCAGUGCCGAGGCGGCGGCGGCGGGCUGCGACAACACCACAAUCGCGGGCGUGCGCUGCUUCACGUACAACUACCUGACGCCGCCGGGCUCGCCGCCGCUGCCCCUGCGCCUGGUCAGCAGCGGCAACCAGACCGCACUGGACGCCGCCGCCCGGGCCGGGCUGGUGGCGGCGGGGCGGCUGGAGGUGCAGUGGCGCGGCGUGUGGGGCGGCGUGUGCAGCAGUACCUAUGGGCAGUGGAACUGGUGGCGAGAUCAUCACGCCCAGGUGGUGUGCCGGCAGCUGGGGUAUGCGGAUGGACACGCGUACCGGGUGGGGUCGCGCAAGGCACUGCUCCCGGGCCCACCGCCCGCGGACCAGCCCCAGUUCAUCACCUACGUUCAAUGCAAUGGCAGCGAGCCGGGCCUGGGGGCGUGCCGCGGCCUGCCGAUCAACCAAACCCGGAUCGCGCCGUCCAAUGGCGGCUGUCGACCCGAGGACGCGGUACAGGUGGCGUGCUACAGCCAGAAACGUUUGAACACGGCGUUGGGCCGGCAGCUGACCCUCCGGGGUCUGGUCAACGCGUCCCGCCCGCCGGGGGGGUACGGCGAGACACAGGGCCGGCCGGAGGGGUGGCUGGCGGGGUCCGUGGCCCUGUGUGACCGGGGCUGGGGGGAGGCGGCGGCCUCGGCCUUCUGCGGCAUGUACACACGCAACACGGGAUCCGUACAGCCGUACGGAGUGCCGUUGCGGGGCUCGUACUUCGGCAGUACGGCGUCCGCCGUCGCGUGGCUGGCGGACCUGCGGUGCCCGGCGGGGGAUGAGGAAAACCUGGGGUCCUGCUUAGGCACCUUCUACAACGGCAGUGCCGAGGCGGCUGCGGCGGGCUGCGACAACACCACAAUCGCGGGCGUGCGCUGCUUUGCAUACGACUACCUGACGCCGCCGGGCUCGCCGCCGCUUCCCCUGCGCCUGGUCAGCAGCGGCAACCAGACCGCACUAGACGCCGCCGCCCGGGCCGGGCUGGUGGCGGCGGGGCGGCUGGAGGUGCAGUGGGACGGCGUGUGGGGCGGCGUGUACAGCUUGCCCCCAGCGUGGUCGUCGCGGUCUUGGUGGUCUGACACGCACGCCCAGGUGGUGUGCCGGCAGCUGGGGUACCCGGAUGGACACGCCUUUGUGGUUGGCACCAACACGUCUUCUCUACUCCCGGGCCCACCGCCCGCGGACCAGCCCCAGUUCAUCACCUACUUGCAAUGCAACGGCACGGAGCCGGGGCUGGGGGCGUGCCGGGGCCCGCCACUCAACAGCAGCACUGGGGCCACGUACGGGCCCGACAAUGCUGUCCACGUGGCGUGCUACAGCCAGCCUCGGCUGCUCGAGAUGUUUGGCCAGCCGCCCACACUGACCUGGCAAUUCGGUAACAACAGUCUUCCGGAGUUUGGCUACGGCGAGAUUCAGGGUCGGGCCGAGGUGUCCACUGGAUACCUGAACCCUCCUGUCGCUGUGUGUGAUCGGGGUUGGGAUGAUGCCGCCGCAUCUGCGUUGUGUCGGCAGUUGCAGUACGGGAGUUGGCGAAGCCGGCUGCUGUACGGAGUGGCGUACCGCGGUUCGUACUUUGGCAGUACGGCCGCCGCCACCAGAUGGGUAGCGGAUGUGCGGUGCCCGGCGGGAGAUGAAACCAACAUUGGGUACUGUCUGGGCACCGUUUACAACAGCAGUGCCGAGGCGGCGGCGGCGGGCUGCGACAACACCACAAUCGCGGGCGUGCGCUGUUUUGCAUACGACUACCUGACGCCGCCGGGCUCGUCGCCGCUGCCCCUGCGCCUGGUCAGCAGCGGCAACCAGACCGCACUGGACGCCGCCGCCCGGGCCGGGCUUGUGGCGGCGGGGCGGCUGGAGGUGCAGUGGGGCGGCGUGUGGGGCGGCGUGUGCAGCACCACGGCCUUGGCCACCUUUGACUGGUGGCGAGACACGCACGCCCAGGUGGUGUGCCGGCAGCUCGGUUACCCUGAUGGGCACGCGUACCGUGUACGAACUGUGAACGCCCUGCUCCCGGGCCCACCGCCCGCGGACCAGCCCCAGUUCAUCACCUACUUGCAAUGCAACGGCAGCGAGCCGGGGCUGGGGGCGUGCCUGGGGUCGGCGCCCAACGGCACGGGGCGGGGCACGCUGCCUGCGGCGUGUCCGCCUGAGGCGGUGGUGCAGGUGGCGUGCUACAGCCAGAAACGCCUCGUCACUCAGCUCCUGGCGGCGAGCGCCGUCACCGGCAGCCGCCCCGGCACCGGCAGCGGCACCGUACUCAACGGCAUCGCACUUCUCAACACCAGCUCCCCGCCGUACUCGUACGGUUACACCCAGGGCCGCGUCGCGGUACGGCUUCCCAACGGCCGCGCGGUCACACUCUGUGACCGCGGCUGGAAUGACGCGGCGGCAACCUUUGUGUGUCUGGAGUUGAGCUACACGCUGCGAAAUGCGUACGGCGUCGCGAUCCGUGGGUCAGCCUUUGGGGCGGAUCCCGAGCGGCCUCCGCAGAUUGCGGAUGUGCGGUGCCCGGCGGGGGACGAGACGGACCUGUCGAUGUGUGUGGGGACCUUUUACGCCAGCGCCGCCGAGGCGGCGGCGGCGGGGUGCGGUAACGACAGCGUGGCUGGCGUGCGGUGCUUUGCAUUCGACUACGUCCUCCCUCCCAAGGCACCGCCGCUGCCCACGCGCCUCGUGGAGCUCAACACGAGCUACAGCGGCGGUGGCAGCAGUGGUGGUGGUGGCGGAGGCGGUGGCGGUGGCGGUGGCAGUGGUGGAGGUGGAGCGACGGUGCUUGGGCGGGUGGAGGUGCAGUGGGCGGGCGUGUGGGGCGGCGUGUGCAGCAGCCGUACCUACCCAAACCAGGCGUGGUGGAAUAACGCCACCGCUCGCGUGGCGUGCCGGGCUGCCGGGUACUGGGGGGGCGCCGCCUUCCAGCCCCGCUCCCCUGAGCAGCUACUGCCGCCGGAUGUGCCAGACGCAGCGGAGCAGCGGCUGCUACAGCCGCAGUGGCUGCGCUACGCGCAGUGCAGCGGGGAGGAGGCGUCCUUGGGUUCGUGCCGGGGGCCGCCGCUCAACUCCACGGGCAAUGCGGGGUCUAACUCAAACACAGCGUGCACGGGCGCAGAUGCCGUGUUUGCGAUCUGCUCCCUGACGCCGCCCCCAGACACGCUGCCGCUGCCAACUGUGGGGUCGCCAUCACCCGCGGGCGAGCCGCAGACGCGGCCGCUUCCCAUGCGGCCGCCAUCGCCGCCGCCGCCAACUCCCACACCUCGGACUCCCUCGCAGCCUGCAGUUGGCGCGGAUGGCGGGGGUGGCGGCCUUGACGCCGCGCCGCCGUCGCCGCCUCGGCCGCCGCUGCCAUCUGGAGAGGUCCUGCAAAACAGCACUGGCGGUGUGUUUGCGACGUCCGCGGCUGAGGACUAUCCUGAGUUGGUGUCAGACGUGCCGCAGACGCUGCCCAACCUCUACCCCGCCACGACGCUUGCGCUGCUGGGUCCCGGUCUGGCGCUGCUGCUGAGCCCGCAGCAGCAGGUGGUGGCGGCGGCGACACGGUACGGCGGCGGCAGGGCGGCGGUGUUUGGCGCUGAGAAGAUGGUCACACGCUGUUGCAGCAGUGGCAGUAGCAAUGGCAGCAGCAGCUACAGCGGUGGCAGUAGCACUAGCACUGGGGCGAUGACCAACGGCGCCAGUGACCCGGCGAUGGACCGGCUGCUCGUCAACGUGGUGGGGUGGGCUGCUACUGCCAGCCGCAACAGCAGUAGUAGCAGUAGCAGCAGCGGGGGCUUGCUGUGCGUCUCGCGGCCUGACUUUGCUACAGCCGCAGCCUACGUGGUGUCACAAGCACCCAGGGUUUUUGAUACACAUUAUGGCAGUAGCAACAGCAGCAACAACAGCAGCAGUAGCAGUGGUUGGCUUGAGGUGCCGCUGUGGGCCUUUGCCCGCCCCCUGCCACACGACACGGCGCUUGCGAAUGGCACGAACGGCACGACCACCGACGCCACAUCCGAUGCCGUACUUUUGCCGUUGCCGCGGCCGUACAACUGCUCGGUGUACAUCAUUGGCACGCACGACACGUUGUACCUGCAGCCGUACAUCCAGCGGCGUCUGCUGUCGUACGUGGCGGGCGGCGGUGGUCUGGUGGUGGCGGGUCCAGACCUCAUGCCCGCAGCCUUCUACACGGAGGAGGAGGAGGAGGAGGAUGCCAGCAGCACUACUGCUGUUGCCGCGGCUGCUGCGGGCGUGGGGUCGGGAGGGCAGAGGCGGCGGCUGCAGCAGGCUGCAGGCAGUGGCGGUAGCAAUGACAGUGGCAGUCGGCCUCAGAUUCCGCCGGGGAGCUUUGAGGUGAACGCGGUGACGGGUCCUCUGGGUCUGGUGCUGACGGGCUUUGUGUCGGACCCCGGUGGCAACCUCACCCUGGCCAGCCCCAGUGUGGCGCACAACGCCGAGCUGGCGGCGGCACAGCUGGUGGGAUACCUGCAGGGCCGCCUGCCGCUGGCCACACCCGACCUGCUCAUGCUGCUCGCCACCACCACACGCACGCGCGCGGUGCUGACCAGCCUCGCCAGCGCCGCCGCCGGCGCCGUCAGCAGCAGCACCAUGGAUGCGGUCGCGCAGGCGCUGGAGCGAGUGGACUCCCUGAUCCGACAGAUUGACGGCCUUGUCGCCACCGCGCCGGCAAACCUGCUAGCGGCCUUCGCCUCACCGCCGCCGCCCCCGCCGUCAGUUAGAAGGCCGCCGCCCUCACCGCCGCCGCGGCCCCCACCGCGCCCGCCGCCACUGCCGCGGCCGCAGCAGAGGCAGCCGCCGCCGCCUCCUGCGCCGCCGCUGCCGCCCGCACCAUUGCCGCCGGCACCACCCAGCCCACCAUCCCCACUCCCAGACACAGGCACCGGCGGUGGCACACCACUACCGCGUCGCGCGCCCUCAGGCCGCAGCCCUUCUGGCGGCGGCGGCCGCAGCCGUGGUGAGACCACUCGGCGGCCGCCGCCCCGGAUGGUGGUGGUGUCGGGCGAUGUGGCAGAGGCAGUCCUGAUGAACGGCAAGCAACAAAGCAAGCAGCAGCAGCAGCCGUAGGCGGUUUGUGCUGGUGCAGGGUCUGCUGUGGACAGGUGUUCGGACCGAUGCUUGAUCUUGUAGGUUUUAAGAGUGGGAACAGUGCUAAUUACCGAACAAAGCAUAUCAGCAUUUAAUGGCAUGAUUGUAGUAAAUGAAUUAUGGUGGCUUGGGUGCAGCUGUAUGUGCGGCCUGGGGGCGACAGCAACAGGGGCUGUAUGUUGUGACUGCUAAAUGGACAUGUGGGUGACACGUGACUUGGGGUGACGGUGGCCACGGAGGCAGUGCCAACGCAUCGGUACACACGACUCUGCACAACAGCACAAGCCCCCAGCUUCCCUUCGCGAUUGCGCGGUGUCCACGUGACCAAAUGGCAUUCCAAGUUAGGGGAUGAUGAGGGGCUCAGGAGACGGUCGUGUUACACGGCACUGCACUACACAUUGCAAGUCCUGACGCAACGGGCGCGUACAUGUACGUAUACCGGUAUAUGCGGCCAGACCGCUUUAUCGGGAAUUCUUUGUAACAUCACGGCAACAGGCCGGCUUG